AAGACAUUGAGUCACAUAAUUCAUCUUACAAGUAAUUGAACUUCUCACGACUCGACUUCAAAAGUUUCUCAGGAUGAAGCUUGAUAAGAUCCAGGCCAUAUCGAUAUCAUGAUAAGCGCGCUGUGGUUUGAACAAGAAACGACUAUCUUCAAGUUCCUUCUAUUUCCUACGGAAAACUAGACCACGACUUUUGAAGCUUGACAGUGCGCACUACAGUGAUCACCCGUUUUAAGUGAGGAUGAUCUCAGCAGAGACACUUUUAUCACAACUGCCCCAGGAUGUACUUACACUGGCCCAGGGAGUGUUAGAUCGUUUAGUCACAGACUUUCAGCAGCUCUGUGAUCGAAUUGCAGAUUGCCCUGAAUCUGAGUUACGGAUACUGCAGCCAGUGUUUUACGUACACCUCAACCCAGAUCGCGUUCCUGUAGAGUCAACUCCAGCCGCUACCACCGAUAUCGAGCUCGCCCGCUGGUCCCUUGCUGGGAUUGUCACAACUUUGGGCAAUAUCGAUGUUCAUUCGGAAAAACGAUGCCUUCUUUCCGCCUGGAACUGUAUGGUUCCCUGGCUCCUUUUCUUUCAUAACCAGUUCAUCAUGUACGGGGCCAGUUAUAGACCCGUCGACCGGACGCCUGUCAUCAAGCUCGUUGCCAGCAUUCUGUUUCAUGGCUUAAUCGCUGGCCGCGACCUUGACGGGAACUCAACUGCUACCACGCCGACCCUUUGCCGCCCGAUCGCAGAGUUAUGGGUGUUAGCCAUUGAAACAAAAGAUGAAGAUCUGUUGAGCAUUCAAGUGCCAUUGCGUGACCUCGGUCGCAUCACCUUCUCUUCGACUUGUCACCACCUUCUUGGUUGGAGAAUGCAUACACAACGAAUCCUUUGUGACUACACUACUGGAAGUGUCGGGUAG